AUGGACCAAAUCCAAAGUAUACUCGACGGGUUCAUCGUGAGUUGCCCCACCUCCUCCUCACCGCCAUUAACUAACCUAGACAAUCAAAAAAACUAGGACUUUGAAGGCCAACGCCUCGCCGAAACCCUAACGACCACAAUCCUCGUUCUCUCGGGCGUAAUUAUUACCCUCUGCCCUACUCACGGUAAAUAAACGCAAACAGCUCACAGUCAUCUUUCUUGCUUGCUUCAGAUACUGGCUUUCAUAGUCGGCUACCUUCUCUCAGACCUCAAGUACACUGUUUACAUCGGGCUUAGUGGCACAGUAAUCGCGUUCCUGGCGGUGGUCCCACCAUGGGGUAUAUACAAGAGGAACCCGUUGACAUAUUUGCCUGCUGGUGGCGUGCAGGUUCAGAUGGUUGAUGGGGAUGCUGGUGGUGGGAAGGAGAAGGAGGAGGGGAAGAAAGUCAAAUGA